AACAGUAGUUGUACCUUGCGUCAGCAGCGGUGACGUUCUCGUAAACGGAUGGACAGAAAAGAACACAGUCCAUCAUUCUCAAUCAAAAAUCGUCGUCGGAAUUCUCGUCUAUAGAGCCAGUGAUCAAUCAAAACGUCUCCUAGCGAUGGGAUGCAUCUGAUCGCAGCGGAGGCAACGGGAAAACGGACCGUGUGAUCGGGCGAUAGGUUCCAGCGCCAAACCAGAAGACAUCCCGACAGCCACCAUGUCGACAGAAGUGGAUUUAUUAAAACUGCCGGCCUUAUUGGUGCUAUUGCUGGUGCAUUCACUUUACGAGCUGUUUCUGCGGCUUCUGCUGGGUUUCAGCUGGGCUCGAAGGAAGCUUGGCACCGUGCAGAGAAGACUGGUCCUACACAACGAAACAGAAGCGGAAUAUUCCACCCAGCAAAUGCGCUUCGAGGACGAUGUAAUUCAGUAUGACGUUCGCGGUUUGGACAAGAUUCCUUCGCAUUUGGUGGUGAUGCUCGGUCCAGAGCAACCGGACUAUAAGCAGCUGGCUAGAUUCAUUUCCUGGUCCAUGGCCGCCGGCGUGGGACACGUUAGCUUCUACGAUCAUCGCGGUUUUUUGAAGCGCAAUGCCUACCUGAUAAAAAACUUCGCCAAGCGGCAGCCCUUCGCCAAGACCGAUCAGAUAGUGUGGACUCAUCAGCUGAAAAAGGGCACGGUCCCUCUGCGGAACGGCUACCACCGACUCGUGGUCGUUAGUUGCUUCUCCCCGGAGGACGGUAAACGGAGCGUAGUGCAGACCGCACGAGCAAUCAGCGAUCAACUGACAACGGGUUCCGUUGCUUCCCCUUCGGAUAUCACCGCAGAACUGGUGGACCAACGACUGCAGGAUCAGUUCCACCACAUACCGGAUCCGGAGCUGGCCGUUUACUUUGGUUCGGUGUGUUCCACCUAUGGGAUGCUACCGUGGCAGAUUCGGCUGACGGAGUUCCUUCCCCUGGGAGCGCGAAUGCAGGAUGUGAAACCUAGUCAUUUCGUAAGCUGUCUGUAUCGAUUUGCCAAAUGCGAGCAACGGUUUGGAAAGUGAUCCGGUCGCUGUACUCUUCAUCGGUUACUCUCAUCCAUCGUUCCCCCCCACGUCGAUUAUACCGUAAAAUGGUUAUCUAUUUGUAAAUAUUGCGUCUGAUUCAGAGGUUUGAAUGGUCUGAUCACGUUGCCCCAAUCCCCAAUAAUGGUAAUCCACUAGUGAGAAUUCGUUUAAGACAUACCUACAUUAAAGCUAAGUGCAUUUCUGGAUGCAUACAAAGUCAGGAACUAUCCAUCGUAGAUUUUAAGAGUGAAGGGAAUGAAACAUGUUACGACGAACGCGAAUAAGUAUACAUCAUUUCCGUGUAAUUGAUGGUAUAGCUGAAUAAAGUGAAUAUGAAUCAAUGAACUACCUA